GCUUAUAUUUGUGUUCUGUGCUGUGGACGUUGAGGUUAUCUGCAAAUUGUGAAAAUAGCAAAUAUUAAUAUUAUUUAUUCAAUUAUAUUUAUCAGUAUGGAACCCCCCGAGUCUAUUUCCGAAGAGCUCCCUUCCUAUGAAGAAAGUACACAAUCGAUAUUAAGUCCUGUGAAAUCGUUGAACAUUCAAGGUGAAACUCCAGCACAAACUAUUAUUUCUAAAGCUGAAGAUCUCACUCAUUAUAUGGAAUCUCUUGUCAUGGAAAAUCAUUUGCCUUCAUGUAACGUACCUGAAAAAAUUGUCAUAGCUCUAGAUAUAGCCAGGGAUGAGAAUUACACUUAUUUCCUUGGCAAUGGAGAUGAAAAGAUACCCCCAUUCAAUGCCUUGGUAUCGGCUAUAGAAAUGUUCGCGAAACUGAAACAACGGCAGAGUAAAAACCACGAGUUCGGUAUAGUUUUACUCAAGCAAUCUAAGGCUUUUUGGGAUUUUGGUUUCUCAUCUGACCUGAAACAAUUGAGUUGCAGCUUAAAGAAAGUUCUUGAAUGCAAAGCAGUCGAGAAAUUCGAUUUAACUUCUUUAUUCACCAUAAUAGUUAGUAAAAUUAAAACAUAUGAAUUCUACAAAGACCAUUCGAUACCUCCACCCUAUGUUGUGCGUCUCGUAUUGUUUUAUAAUAGAUCGUAUACGAUACCAGAGCUUCAUUUAAUGCAAAAUAUCAAAGAGUUGUUGAACUGUCCGUAUUUCUUCGUAGAUGUCUUAGCAGCCCACGAACCUGUCAGUGAUAAAAAUCAAUGUGAAGAAAUUUUUAAACGUCUACAGAACAUUGAUACGAAAGGGUAUUCUUAUUUUUUUAAUGUUGGUAGGAAUACAAGCGCGCUUAUAAGGUCAGUACUGAAAUUAGUUGGGCAUCCCCUACAGAGGCCUUUGCAAUCUCUUGCGGAUUACUCUUUGUAAAUUGCCAUUUCAUUGUUUCAAAUUCAUAAGCACUUUUGUAAAGUACUUUAUUAUUUGUUUUGUAUACAAUAUUUCUUGAUAUAAGUGUAUUUUAGAUUAAAUAUAUUUUUAAUUAAU